AUGGUCUCUUGGUUCAUGCAUUCACCGAGUGUGCAUCACUUAGGAGCAGUAAAACGAAUCCUUCGUUAUAUUAGUGGAACGAUCGGUUAUGGGAUUCAUUAUAAGAAGGGAGAAAAUUUCAAAUUGAUGGACUAUUCUGACAGUGACUGGGGAGGAUCUCAAGAUGACCGGAAAAGCACCAUAGGGUGGGUAUUUUCACUAGGUUCCAGUGUUAUAGCUUGGUGUUCGAAGAAGCAGUCGAUCACUGCUCUGUCAAACACUGAAGCAGAGUAUAUAUCAUUGACAGCUGCUGCAUGUGAGGUUGUUUGGCUUCGUCGGCUGCUAGAAGAUCUAAAUGAGAAGCAGGAGGAUUCAAAUGUUAUUCUCUGUGACAAUUCAUCAGCACUGUCUAUUGCCAGGAAUCCUACACAUCAUGGGCGAACGAAACAUAUUGAUACGCGAUUUCAUUUAUUCGAGAUCUUAUAA